AUGUGUGAAUACAGCAAAGCUCUACAUAUUCUGCUCAAGUCUCCAGUCACGGACGACAUAAUAAAAUUCUUAACCGACACCACGUUGAGGGUCCUGCCCUCGAGCAACUACCCAACGCCUCCCUGCUCUCCAGGCGGGAAGCCCGUGGCCAGGUUGCCAUCGCUGAUGACUUUCAUCACCAGACUGGUCAGAUACACCAAUGUGUACACGCCCACGCUGCUCACUGCCGUGUGCUAUCUGAACAAGCUGAAGCGCAUCCUUCCCAAGGACGCAACUGGGCUGCCCUCCACCAUCCAUCGUAUUUUCUUGGCCUGUUUGAUACUGAGUGCCAAGUUCCACAACGACUCUUCGCCCUUGAACAAGCACUGGGCCAAGUACACAGACGGUCUUUUCACGCUAGACGAUAUCAACCUCAUGGAAAGACAGCUGCUGCAGCUGCUGAACUGGGACCUCAGGGUCGACACUGAAGACUUGAUCCUGGAUCUACAGCCUCUACUGGAGCCCAUCAAGCAGGACUUGGUGAGGUCCAGCGACCAAAGAAAGAGAAUAGGCAUGAUGAUGGCCAUGAACAAGAGGGCCAGUGCAGGCACAAGUCCUAUCGCUUCCAACAAUAGAUUCAAGCUUUACGAAAAGCAAAGAAACGUGUCUAUUGCAUCGGACCUAAGUUCUGCCACGCUUGUUGACAGUUGUAACGACCUAAGAAGGCUGAAAGACGUCACCAAUAUACCGAACAGCACGCGUACCAACAGCAACUACGUGAAGUCUGUGGAGAGGUGGAACGACAACGUCAACAGACAAAGUUGGGAUCUGGAACAGAUCAUGAGCCAGCAUGGGUUUUAA